AAAAAGAAAUAGAGGGAGGAGUACCGCUAUCUUCCCCUCUCUCUCUCCCUACCAACCACCUACCACAGACCCCAGUCUAUUCAUUCACUUUUUCUCACCAAACCAAACCAAACACACCAAAGUAUCCUUCUUUCUCCCUUCGCCUCCUCCCCCUAACCCCCACUUGAUCCCAUUGCUUCAUGGCGUUUUCAAUCUGUAAGACGAUUCCCUUCACUUCGUUCUCUAACCUCACCACCACCAAAAACGGUUCUAUCGAACCAUCACUAGGGUUUACCAGAAGAACGAGUAUCGGAAUUCUCAAGUGUUCUUUCGAACGCAGCGAUGGAAAGAAAUCCAGCGUUGUAUCCAAUUCCAAUUACGUAGUACCUAUUGACGAUUCCCUUUCGUUCUCAAAUUCAUCUUCAACCAUAACUCGUCCUUUAGCUGAAAUUCUUAGAGACCUCAACAAAAGAAUUCCAGAUACUAUCGUCAAACCCCCUCACGAUCCAUCUUCACCCACCUUCAUCCCCUGGUAUCAUGCCAAUAGGAUGUUGAGCUUCUAUGCUCCAGGAUGGUGUGGAGAGAUACGUGAUGUUAUUUUCUCUGAUAAUGGAACUGUGACCGUUGUAUACCGGCUGACUGUACGUGGAUCUGAUGGAGAGGCUUAUCGCGAGUCAACCGGGACAAUAUCAACUACUGAUGCCUCCAUUACUGAUCCAGUUUCAUCAGCAGAGGAAAAUGCUUUCUGUAAAGCAUGCGCUCGGUUUGGUCUUGGCUUAUACAUGUAUCAUGAAGAUAAAACCAGUGGCGUUUAAGCAUCCAUAUUUUUGUUCGGUUUAUUGUGUCUAAAUGAUAUAAAUAGAAGUGGGCAAAAGGUGGAUGUUAGAUACUCUCAGCAAGUACUGUUGUGAAAAACUAGAAGCCAUAUCUUUUGUUUUUUGGACUAAUUCAAAUGCUUAUUUGAAAGCAUGUUUUUUUGUUGGUCACUUAGAAUCAUGGCUUUAUGUUCAGAGUUAGGGUGGCCUAAGCCUUAAAUUGGUGUGGAAAAUGCUUUUAUUUAUUGUUAAAAGGAAUAUCCUUUUUACUGUAAGAUGACUACAAGGUGGUGCCCAUAUGUUUUGAAUCCAUGCUGGCUUUGUAAAAGAAUAAUGAUUCGUGAAUAUGGAAUAAAAUAUAUUUAAGGAUU